UUGUAGAAGCGUUGACCGCUAGCAAUAUAGGAAAGUGGUAGUGAUAAAAAUGCAAAGGAGUAGAGAAUAAAUCGGAGAAAUAGUUGGCGUAGAAUGCGUGUGAUGGUUAGAAAUCGAUAAUAUCAUCGAUCUCAGAUCCAAGAAGAAUUAAACCAAACAAAAAAUGGAAAACGAGGGGCAGUGCAAGGCAGGCGAGGGCGGGCGAUCCUUCCGGCUCCGCAGCCCGAGCCUGAACUCGGUGCGGCUGCGGCGCAUCUUCGACAUCUUCGACAAGAACAACGACAGCGUCAUCACCGUGGACGAGCUGGGCCAGGCCCUGGCCCUCCUGGGCCUCCAGACGGACCAGGCCCAGCUCGACUCCAUGGUGCAGAGCUAUGUCCAGCCUGGCAACACGGGCCUCUCCUUCGACGACUUCCAGGCCCUCCACCGCUCCCUCGACGACGCCUUCUUCGGCCUGGCCGACGAGCCCGCCGAGGUGGACGACAAGCAGGAGGAGUACGACCUCACCGAGGCCUUCAAGGUCUUCGAUGAGGACGGGGAUGGCUACAUCUCCGCUAGGGAGCUGCAGGUCGUGCUCAGCAAGCUCGGCCUGCAGGAGGGCACCGAGCUCGAUCGGGUCGAGAUGAUGAUCUCCUCCGUCGAUAAGAAUCACGACGGCCGGGUUGAUUUCUUAGAGUUUAAGGAUAUGAUGCGCAGCGUCAUUGUCCCUUCAUCCUAGACUUCAUUUCUUUUCUUCUUCUUUUUUUCUAAUAAACUAUGAUACUACUUAUGUUGAUGCUUUAGUUAUGUGUCCUUCUCUCUCUGUUUUAUGCCUUGUUGGUAAUGCUAAUGCAAGGAAUUUGCAUCCAUUUCAUUUCAUCUAUAUAUGUUGUAACUUGUAAGAGGUAACCUAUUCGUAUAUAUAUGUGUGUGUUUUUCUA